AUGGUACCUAUGAAAGCUAUAAGCUAUUUCAGUAUUGGUAUUAUACGAAAUUUGCGGCAAUCAAGAUUUGUUAGUAUCAUUCAAGUGAACAAAUAUUUAGCAAGACAAGUUCGAAGAAUGUUAAUACCUCAAUUAAUUGCCAAUAAAAACGAUCCUCUGCGUGCAGCUGUUGAAAAUUGGGUUGUUACCACAAUACGACUUUUAUUCUAUUUAAAUUGUGCAGGUUCGUUCUAUAUUUAUAUUAUCAUGCCAAGCGAAAUUCGAUGUGAAUUGAAAAAAAUAUUUUUUCAACAAAAUACAAUAGAUCCAUAG